GUGCCCACCCCUAACUAGAAUGAUACUUAUUAUGAAACAUAAGGAAGUAAGAAACAAAAACCACCCCAUCAAUGUUCAAUUAUGAGGGGAAUCUUUUUUACGUUUUGAAAAAGAGGAAUCUUUGCAGUGAAAUCCACAUGUGUUAAUAUCUCUUAAUACUCGUUGGUACUUUCCAAAGUAACUAAGAUUCUUUGAUAUUCUGUUUUCAACUUUUCACCCCGACGAGAUUCUCAUUUUACAGUAAAAAUGAAACAAAACACUAAAAUAGGAAAAUAUUGACGUUUCUACCUUUUUAUAUUUAACCUCAGUAAUACCACUAUAAAUGCUUCCCAAAGAUUUUCCCCGACACUCAACUCACACAGAAUCAACUCGAUAUUCUCCCACCCAAAGAUUCUCUUAAUGGCGCUUCGCAGAGCUAUCACCAAGCGUCUCAUCGACGGUUACAAAUGCGUUCGACCAUCGAACACGAAGAUCCUCCGUCAUUACAUGACCUCAUCGAAUCUUACGGAUCCUAUCAUGGCGAUCCGCAUCGAGUCCGUUAGUCCUCCUAGAAGGGAGGAAGCAACGUCUGUGACGGGUUUAUCAGUGAGUGAGACCAAGAAGUUGUUGAGAAUGUAUCAAAUGGAGAAGGUGAAAGCUAGACUCAGAGAGAUUCCAAAGAACUCUGUUUCGUAUUGGGAGUUUGUUCAAAUCUGUUGUGAGACCUGUGGGAACAACGACGAGCAAGGUUCUCAAAUGGCUCAGUCUUUGGAUCAAGCUGGAAGCGUCGUCGUUUUAGGAGACAUCGUUUUCCUUCAUCCUUAUCAGAUAGCCAAGUCUAUGGCGGCAAUGAUCCACCAAACAUCAGCACUUCCAAACGAUCCAAGAAAAGAAGAGUUAGCUCAGCUUGAGACUACAAAGAAGUGUAUUGACAUAAAGGCACGACGUAUAGUCCAGGCAGAGUUAUAUUGCGGUCUGGGACUCCUAGCAGCGCAAACGAUAGGAUUUAUGCGUCUUACCUUCUGGGAACUAAGCUGGGAUGUGAUGGAACCUAUCUGCUUCUUUGUCACAUCCCUUCAUUUCCUCCUUGGUUACUACUUCUUUCUUCGGACUUCGACAGAACCAUCUUUUGAAGGGUUUUAUCAACAACGGUUUAAGACGAAACAGAAGAAGCUUAUGGAGAGCCAUGGGUUUGAUUUUUUGAGAUACACUGAGCUCAACUCCUUGUUUACACCGUUAGCGUGUAAAUCUGAAGUUUCAACGGUUUAGCUAACAAUAGAAGUUUAUCCCGCCUAGACACAUCAUGUCUUUAGCCACUGUAUAAUUUACCUGGUGUAUGUAGACUUAAAUUGGGGUUCAACUUGUAUGUGUAUUUGAUAAAGUCGGAAUCUUAAUUUUUAUGCACCCAUAUAUAAUGCUCUUAGUUUUAUGGUUUUUGCCUAAGCCAAAGAGCAUAUAAACGUUUUAAAGAUCAAAAGUGGGAAAAUAACAUAUAACCUCCAAUGUAUACAAAGGAAACAAGAGACUCUCUCAGUUCUCUCCUCUCUAUAUUUUAGAGAGAGAGAGAGAGUGUGCUUUCUCAGAUGAACAACGUGUCCAAUACAGCCUGGAGCCAUUCACAUAUGAGAGACCGACCAAUAUACCUCCGGUCCGAGCUGGUGAUUGUAGCGUGUACACUCUAAAGUACAUUGAAUGUCAUGCUCUUGGGAUAGAGAUUAGUAAAAAAGACUUUGCUAAGCCCAACGGGAAGACUAUGAGGGAUAAGAUGGUGGUGAAUAUAUUUCAAGAGCUUCCUGAUGCGCAUGAGUUCGAAAACAAGGACAAUGAUACCAACCUGGGUGCGUAAGAGGGGUGCUAAACAGGCUACAUUAGAUAAUUUUGUAUGAUAGAUUAGGCUGAUCUGUGUAUUUGAACUUGAUCCCUAUUUUGUAACAUAUCUUAUGCACAGAAGACUUACAGUUAAGUCGUUUGGAAUGUUGGACGACUUAACUAUAAGUAGUCUGAAAAGUCUUCUAUGUAGUGACCUUUUGUAACCUUUCGGAUAAUAUAAAGGGCAAGACCUUCUUAUAUUUGUUUGGUAGUGCAAUUUGACAAAGAAGUUGACACAGAUAAGUUUAUAACACAAAUUUUUAAUACAUAGACUAAACACUGGACGACUAACUGGACGACCUUCUGGACGACUUACUUGAAGGUCUUCUUGAAGACUAAACAUUGGACGACUAACUUGAAGGUCUUCUGGAAGAAUAAACCCUGGACGGCUAACUGGACGACCUUCUAGACGACUUACUUGAAGGUCUUCUGGAAGACUAAACAUUGGACGACUAACUUGAAGGUCUUCUGGAAGAAAAAACCCAGGACGACUAACCUUAAGGUCUUCUGGACGACUUACUUGAAGGUCUUCUGGAAGACUAAACAGUGGACGGCUAACUUGAAGGUCUUCUGGAAGAAAAAACCCUGGACGACUAACUGGACGACUUACUUGAAGGUCAUCCACGUCAUUUCUUACAUUGUGGUUUCGUAUUGCCAGUUUCCUUGCAUUUUGAGCAUCUAUAAACCAUGUGUUGCUUACAGGGUUUGCGUCCUCUCAUCCUGGAUAGCUCCAACCAAGAUUGCCAUCUUGAUUUCUUCUGUCUUCCUGGACCACGCUUUACAUCCGGAGGAAAGCAUGUGUGUUACUCAACUUGUUGUCCAACACAAGGAUAUAUAUUCUUUGAGUAUCCUGCAAACAGAAAAUCCUUUGAGUACACUGGAUAUACAAGUGUGGAGAUAUGCAAACUAGCAGAUAUUUCAGCAACUAUAGCAUGAGAGCAAAGUAUUUUCUCCACUGCAUAGACACCACAAUCACACUUUCCAUGUUCUAAAUCAACCACAAAGUCUAUUUUGCCACCUUUCACAAAGAAUCGCCAUCCAACAAUUGGUUGUACCGUCAUCGUAUCCGCUAUCUCCGAUCGAACAGCAAGCAAGUAUUCAACACCUCGACUAUGUUGAGUUGGGAGACUCAAAGCAUCUUCUCUCCUUUUCCAAAACCACUUUCCUAGCUUCUCCCUUAUAAACUCCAACAGGAACUGAACCGGAAAUCCUCUAGCUCGCUUCAGAGCGGAAUUAAUAGAUUCAGGGAUGUUGCUUGUCUUUAUGUUGUACCUGUCCCCCUGACAAUAAGCCCUUGACCAUAGGCUGACGUCGGCAUUCUCUAAAUACGUUGCAAGGUCCGGGUUUGCACUCCGUAUCUCAGCCAUGUACCGGUCAAAAUCUGAAACCGUAUGAGCAUAAGCAGCACCUUUCACCAAGUACAAGAGAUGUUUCCCUUUAUACUUUUUGACAAUGUUAUCUUGAAGGUGAUAAUAACAUAUUCAUCGGGUUGCCCAAGGAAACACCUUAUCACACGCACUUUUAAUGGCUGUGUGCCGGUCGGAGACUAUCACCAAAGGCUGCUCAUCAAAUACACAACUAGCCAAUUUUGUGAAAAAUCAUUCCCAAGAAAGUUCAUCUUCAGCAUCUACGAUCCCAAAAGCCAAUGGAAAUAUCUGAAAAUUCCCAUCUUGUGCGGCUGCAACUAACAUAACACCUCCAUACUUCCACUUAGGUGAGUCCCAUCCACCACAAUGACCGUUCUCUGAUACUUAAAACCUUUGAUAGAAACUUCAAAAGAGAGAAAUAGAUACUUAAAUCUAUUGAUAGAAUCAAGUUCUAUAGCAGUGAUAGAGUCGGGAUUUGCUAAGGAGAUUUGCUCGAGAUAUGAUGGCAGACGCGACUACCCAUCUUCUGCUCAUCCUCUCACCAAUAUUUGUGCAUAUAGAAGUGCUCUGUAUGAAGUGGUGUAAUCAAGCGUCAUGCCAAACAUGUUCUUCAUUGCAUCAGUGAUAUGUUGCGGAUUCAACCCAUCAAUGAUUCCAACACGAUCAAUGAAAAGCCUACCAACAUACUUCGGAGUACAGUGUCUCCGCUGAGCGAGUCAGUCUCCCACUGAGCAUGUAUGUUUUUCCACAUACUUCGUUACCCAAAACGUGUUUGUCCCAUGUUUCACACUCGCUCUGAUCUUCCAUUGACAACCACUAACUGGACAUGUUGUCACAAGGAGAUUUUUCGUUGACUUGUAUAUUAUGAAGGAGAACCUCCACCUCACUGCUGUAAACCGUAGCUCUGAAAGCAGUGCAUCCUUGCUAACAAAACUCUGGUUGACAUAGAUAUUGUUACCAAUCGAUCUCCCUCCUUCAAUCUUUAUGAAAUCUUUAAAACACAUAUCAUCAUCUUCCUCAUCCUCAUCUUCAACAUUUCCAUAAACACUGUAAUCCUCACCAUUCUCGUCCGCUUCAGCAACAAUAGAGAUAUCAGCAUCCUCCUCCCCAUCAUGAUUUUCAUCUUCAACCAAAUCAUCAUCAUCAUCUUCAAAACAUUCAUCAGCUUCAUAAUCUUCUUCUCUGAACUCUGAAACCGUUUCCACCUUGCUACGGCUUGAUACACAAAGACGUACUCCAUGCUUUUUGGUUAUCUCGAACAAGUUUCAAACUUGUCUAUCACUUGAACAUGAAUAGGAGGGGUGUCUGGAGCCAGCAUCAUUUAUGUUGGUAAUGAGUAGGUUAUCUCCACAGAUUUUGUGCUCAUGGCCAGGUUAUAAUCUUCUUGAGCCAUUGCAAGAAGUUCAGCAUGUGUCGAACCUUCCCCCAAAAAAAUGAUUCUCGCUCCUUUGAUUAUCAACCACAAAAUCUCAACGACAAUCUUUCAACAACCAUUCUCCAUACACUGCAUGUAACUGACGCAUCAUCUACAAAAAUUUAAAAUAAAACACACUAGUAAAUAUAGAGAAAAUGAAAGUUUACUAAACAUUGACGCAGACGACAUACCAGUAAGUUGUCUGGAAGACUUACCAGUUAGUCGUCCAAACAGGUCAUUUUUGCAAUUGAAUUUUAAAUAGGACGACUUACUGGUAAGUCGUCCAGCUUUGUUUGUUAAAAAAAAAACUUGUAACAGUAAGUCGUCUAGGAUAAAACAGGUUAGUUUUACAUUUGACCGAAUUGUGUUAGAUAUUUGAGUUUACAUGGACGACUUACCAGUAAGUCGUCUCUGGGUAAACAAAAAUUUCAAUAUUUUAUUAAAGCUAGACGAUUUAUUUGUAAGUCUUCUCAGGUUAGUUUGUAAUUCGAAAAAGAAACUUAAAUAUUUAACUUUACCCAGACGACUUACUUGAAAGUCGUCCAGGUAGACGACUUACGGGAAAGUCGUCCGAGAUAAGCAAGGUUUGACAAGAAUCUAGGAAAUAAAUCUGGACGACUUUCAAGUAAGUCGUCUUAUUUGACGACUUCCGCGUAAGUCGUCUGGGAAAAGUUAAAUAUUUACGUUUUAUUUUCCAAUUGCAAAAGUAACCUGAGACGACUUACAAAUAAGUUGUCUAGCUUUAAUAAAAUAUUGAAAUUUUUGUUUUCCAAGAGACGACUUACUGAUAAGUCGUCCAGGAAAAGUUAAAUAUCUGACACAAUUCGGUCAAAUGCAAAACUAACCCGUUUAUCCUAGAUGAUUUACCAGUAAGUCGUCUAGGGAUUCUCUAGAUUUUUUUUUUAACAAACAAAGAUAACGACUUACAAGUAAGUUUUCCGUUUGACCAGAAGACUUACCCAUAAGUCUUCUACAGCCAGACUACUUACGGGUAAGUCUUCUACGCGAACUGAUCUGGAAAUAAUUUCAAUUUCAUACCUUAAACUAGUGACAUGACUUCCUUAGCACACAAAGUCUUCUCCAACCACCCAGAACCUCAAACGAAAGUAACCCACCAAUAAUAGUAUGCUUGAAUGGCUCUAUCAACCAUAAAAAAAUUUGAAUCAAAAGCUUGAGUUUUUUGGAUGAAUAUGGAGGCAAAGUGAAAAAGAUGUUGUUUUUAGUUCAUAACAAGUGUGAAAGAGAGAGUGUAAAUCGAUUGAGGUGCAUUAAGAGCUUCAAAUUGGUUGUUCAUGGUGGUUGGUGUAUUGAUUGUAAUGGCAAUCUUGUAAAUACUUGAAGAUGAUGAGGUUGAGAGAGUAAAAAUGUCAUUUUCAAAAAAAAAAAAAAAAAAACUAAUGGUAUUUUCGUGAAUAAUAUGAACUUUCGGGGUGAAUAGGACAAAAGAAAAAUCUAAAAAAA